AUGGGCCGCCGGGACAACGACGAGGACAAGCCCUCGGGCCUCGAGGCGCUGCGACGGCGCACCAGCUCCAGCAACCGCACCAGCCCCAGUGGAUUGAAUCGCAGAAUCAGCAGCCAGAGCACCCGCACCACCAGCAGCACCACCAGGCGAGACAGCAUCGCCGGAUCUGAGACGCCGCCGCCACUCAUGCGGUCCAGUCCCAGCGUCGGCUCCUCCAGCUAUGCGUUUUCCGGAAGCAGUGUGCUGAGCCCCCUGCGAAGAGAGCUCAGCCGCGACGGAGGCGACAUCAGGGCCGGCAAGCUGGAGCUGGCACGGCGCCUAAGCAUGCUCGCCCAGCGCCUGACGUAUGGCGACAGCAUGGAGGAACUCGUCGCGCUCGACAACCAGGUCAAUCAGAUUGAGCAGGCCCUGGGCGGCGGCAUCAGCCCGAGCGUCUAUGGGAGCCCGCCGCUGUCGCGAAAGCCUCGCCCGCUGAGUCUGGAGACGCCCGUCCGCAAGAACAGGAACAGCGACAUGGACGGCAGCGCCAUUUUCAGCUCGCCGUCGUCUCUGUUCCGAACCCGCUUCGCAGACCAAUUGUCUCCCACCCCCUCCACCUCCAUGAUGCAUCACGAUGAAUCCGAGGAAGAGGACCCUCCCCCACCCAAGAAGGGAAUGACGGCGGCGCAAGCCAACAAGAUCAUUGCCGAGGUGGUCAAGCUGAACGAAGAGCUGGAAACCAUUGUCACCAAUCUCAAAGCCCGCCAGGAAGAAUCGGAUCACAUUCAUAGGUUGUUAGUGGAACGUGCCGAGCGUGCUGCCCAACGCAUCAUUUUCCUCCAGAACCGCAUUCAGUACUUGGAAGAAGAGCUGCAAGAGAAUGACGCCGAACUAACACAUCUCCGCGUCUGCCUCAAAGCAGUCGAGAUCCAGCUGCCACCGCACCCCGACAGAGAACUGCAGCGAUGCUUUGCCGUCUUCAAAGAAGGAUACAAGGCCAUAAAGAAGAAGCGUGCCAUGCGAUCUAAUAUGGUUAGCUACCUGGGCUACGAUUCUUCCAUUGCUGCCUCUUCGGCUUCGAGGUGA